UAUCGAUACAUCGAUUUAUUUUUAGCUAUGCGAUUUGACAACUCUGUUUUCUUUCUUUUCGAUAGAUCCGCAUAAAAGUGACAAGAGCACAUCAAUAUGCAGCUUUUCGUACGUGGCUUGGAAACAAUUGAGGCUUUGGAGGUGUCCCAGGAUGCCACCAUCGCUGGCGUCAAGAACCAACUGGCUCAGCUGCAUGGCUUCGACACUGAGGAGUUCAGCCUGAACUGCGAGGGUGCAACGCUGACCAAUGAGACGCCCGUGACCGCACUGAGCUCUUUCGAGCUUGACAUCACCAUUCCCAUGAUUGGUGGUAAAGUGCACGGUUCUUUGGCGCGUGCCGGUAAGGUCAAGGGCCAGACCCCCAAGGUUGAGAAGCAGGAGAAGAAGAAGAAGAAGACCGGCCGUGCAAAGCGCAGGAUUCAGUACAACCGCCGCUUUGUCAACAUUGUGCAAGGCUUUGGUCGCCGUCGUGGCCCCAACGCCAACUCGGCGUAAGAUGGAGAAUAAACACAGUUGAUGAACAGAA